GCAUGAGCAUCAAUGGCAAAGUGGAGGAGGGUUCAAUGGAGAUCGACACGACCAAUAACAUGGAGAGAUUCAGCACGGGCAGCGGGGCGGACGAGGCCGUGGAGGUCCACGACUUUGAGAUUGGGAUCACAGGGAUUCGUUUUUCAGGAGGAGAGAAGUGCUACAUCAAGACCCAGGUGAAGGCUCGUCUGCCUGACGUGGAGGCUCUCAACAAGGACUCCAUGACAUUCGAUCUGGUGGGUUGGUCCGGUCCGUCUUUCUGUCCUGAGGAAGUGUGUUUUCUCCAUGUGUGAUCACCAAUGGCCGGUUUCCACUGCAGGAACCUGAGAACCUUUUUACCAUUAGGAUGUUUUGGCAUCUAAUUAAUUUGCUCUACUGUUGUAGUCGUCCUGAUUGUGAUGUGACGACACAUCUGCGUGACCAGUCAUUGUCGCCAGAGGGUGAAAGUACCAGGAUUCAACAUUCCCUCGUGAAACGUUCCCAUAUUUAAG